AUGGUGGUUCAUACGAGCAGCAGAAUGCAACUGACCCCUGGUGGCGUUAAACUGGUUUUAGCCGUCAUGCUUUGCCUGGCGGGUCUGGCCCGGGCGCAAACCAUCAACAGGACGCCGCACUUCAUCCCGGGCAGUGGGGACAUGUCUCGGUUCAGCCUGGCCGAAAAUACCCCCGUUGGAAGCGUGGUCUACCAGUUGCGAGGUACUGACCCCGAGGGAAGUAAGUUACGCUUCAGUAUCUCCGGUCCGGUUUUUAGCGUCGAUCGGGACAGCGGCGUCGUUCGGUUGCGGCAAUCGCUGGACCGCGAGCAGCAGGACACGGUGGAGGUGAUCAUCAGUCUUACCGAUGAGGGUAUCCUUGGCACGGAGCCAAACACGGUGUCCCUGCGGCGGGAGAUUCCGAUACGGGACUACAACGACAACCCACCGGUGUUCGUGGGCCGCCCUUACAGUGCGACGAUGAGCGAAUCGACGAAGCCAGGCAGCAACGUAACGGUAGUUCCGGAAAUCGUGGCCACCGAUCAGGACGAAGGCAUGAACGCCGAGCUAACGUUCAGCUGCUACCAAGACCCAGCCAAAGGAGCGGACGACAUCUGCGAGGUGUUCACGGUGCACACGGAAAAGAUGGCGCAGGGCAAGUUCGGUGCCUGGAUCGAGCUCCGGCGACCGCUCGACUUCGAGACCCGGCCGUCCUACGUCCUGACGAUCCAGGCUCGCGACGGAUCGCCCACGAACGCACUGAAGGCGUACGCAACGGUGGCGGUGACGAUCGUGGACGUGCAGGACCAGCCGCCUGUCUUCAUCAACGCACCCUAUUCGGCCACCAUCCCGGAGAACACGGUCGAGGGCACGCGCGUCCUAACAAUCAACGCGACCGACGGCGACACCGGCAGCCCGAACCCGCUGAUGCUGAUGCUGGAGGGCGAAACGAUGGGCCACUUCCGGUUGCACUACAUCGGCCAUCCCCGAUCGGGAGUAGCGGAGCUGGUGACGACCGGAAAACCGCUCGACCGUGAGGACCCGACGGUGGCACAGAACGGUGGCGCCUACACGUUCACUGUUCGCGCGACGGAGUUGAUCAACGGCGAGCUACCGGGAGACAGUGCCAGCUCACCGAUCACGAUCGUGCUGACCGACGUCGACGACCAUCGGCCAGAGUUCAACCAGCCCACGUACGAGGUGUCGAUCCCGGAGAAUCUCGAGCCGGACACGCCACUGCCGGGCCUCGCCAUCGUCGUGACGGACCGCGAUCUCGGCCCGAACAGCCGCUACUCGCUGGCCCUCCGGGACGUGCGCAACUCGGCCGGAGUGUUCGCGGUGGCCCCGACGCACGGCGAGGGCCGCACGCCGGUGGUGGUGAAGGUACUGAACGCCUCCCGCCUUGACUACGACGUGCCGAACGUGGACGACAAGACGUUCACCUUCGAGCUGGUCGCGUCCGUCGAUGGAGAGGAACGGUCGAGUGCGACGGUGACGGUGCACCUGCAGGACGCCAACGACAACUCGCCGGCCUUCCCGCAACCGAGCUACUCGCUGACCGUUAGCGAGAACGCCCCGCGCGGCUUCCUGAUAGCCAACAUCAGCGCCACCGACCACGAUGCGGGCAUGUUCGGGCAGCUGCGGUACGUGGUGAAAGGUUUCGGCGCGGAACUGUUCCGUACACAUCCGACCGAGGGCGGCCUGUACGUCGAGCGGCCGCUGGACUACGAGGAGCAGAAGAGCUACAGCCUGGCGCUGGUGGCCACCGAUGGCGGGGGGCGAGAAACGAACGCGAACGUGUUUGUCGACGUGCUCGACGAGAACGACAACUAUCCGGCGUUCGAGGCGCUGGAGUACACGCGCACCAUUCGCGAGGGGGCCACCGAGUUCGAGCCGCAGUUCUUUGUCCGCGCCACCGACGCCGACGGGCCGCAGCAGGGUGGAGGACGGGUCAGUUAUACCAUCGAGUCGGAAAACAGCAUCAGCGGGCACGUGUUCACGGUUGACCGGGAGUCGGGCGAGAUCCGGAUAACGCGCCCCGUCAACUCGAUGGACACCGACCGGGGACAGUAUGAGCUGCUGGUAGUCGCUACCGAUCACGGUGUGCCGCCUCUAAAGAACGACACGCGCGUCCUGGUGCGCGUCGGCAUCUCCGGCAACCAGCGGCCCAUCUUCCAGGGACACUCGGUCGCCGGGCGCGACAUUCCCGGACCACCGUCGUACCGGGCGACAAUCCCGGAGAACGCCCCGGCCGGCACCAAUGUGACGCAAGUCUCGGCGACCGAUCCGGAUGGGCUGGACGAUCUGCUGAGGUACAAGAUUGUCGGUGCCAGUGAUAACUUCGUCAUCGAUGAUCAUACGGGACUCAUCACCGUUACGCGUGACGCCCGGCUCGACCGGGAUACCAAUCCGGAGAGCUACACGAUCGUGGUGAACGCAAUCGACGCCGGUUUUCCCAUCCCGGAGACGGCCACCACGACGGUGCAUGUGAAAAUUCAGGACAUCAACGACAAGCCACCGCGAUUCACGCAGCAAUCGUACACGGCUUACGUGUCCGAGCGUAGCCCAGUCGGUGCGGAAGUGUUACGCGUUGUUGCCAAAGACACGGACCUGGACGCACGGCUCUCGUACGCCAUCGUCGAACCGAUCACGGCCGUCACCAAGGGUGGCAUUCCGCUGCUAACGACGUCUUCCUACGACUACCGACAGGCGUUCCGGAUCGAUCCGCAGGAUGGUACACUUUUCGUCAACAGUACGCUCGAUUACAACUACGCGGCCGUUAUAACGCUCACGGUGGAAGCGACCGACAUGGCGGCGCAGGUGGCCCCGGAGAGCCAACGCGACCGGGCUGAGGUAACACUGUACAUCCAGUCGUUUAAGGACACGAACCCACUGUUCCGCAACAAGGGCUGGUCGACGGUGCGUCCGAAGAUCGAGGUGAAGGUGAAGGAAGAGUCGCAGGUCGGUUCGGUCGUGUUUCGCAUCGAGGCCGACGACCCGGUGGCCGACGUUCCGAUCACCGACUUUGAGCUCAUGAUGCCCGACGUCGACGAGUUCUUUGCGCUCAACGAGCGAACUGGCGAGAUCACACUUCGCCGACGCUUAGACUACGAGACCUACAGCAAGACGACGAUCGACUUCGUCGUAAAGGCGGUCACUAGCAACCGGAAGCGGCACUCCCUGGCGUACGUCAACGUGACGAUCGAGAACGUAAACGACAACUCACCCGUGUUCGAGCCGGAAGGCAACCAACGGGCGACGGUGCUCGAGUCCGACCGGUUCCCGCACGUUGUGGCCACCGUUCGCGCCACCGAUCGGGACGCCGUCCGCACCGACCGCGACACCCUCCUCGGGUACAGCGAGGUGCGCUACAGUCUGUUUGGAUCACACUCGAAUCUCUUCACGAUCAACAACGUGACGGGCGAAAUCCGGAUCGCACCUAGACAGUCACUCGACCGCGAGAAGCAAUCCGUGCUGAAGCUGGUGGUGGUUGCUGAGGAUGCACCCGGCCGGCCACAAGAGUCACGCAAGGCCACCAUGGAGCUGGUGAUUGACGUGCUGGACGUGAACGAUAACGCACCCAUUUUCGGCCAACGCUCCUACACGGCCGUCAUCCCGGAGAACGUGCUGGUGGACACGUUCGUGAUCGCCAUUACCGCGCACGACCCCGACGAGGGUUUGGGUGGUGAGGUGCGCUACGAUCUCCUCAACGAGGGUGAAGCAAACGGGCUUCUACAAAUCAACGCGAAAACGGGUGAAAUCAAAACGAAGGCGAUGCUGACCGGCAAGGGACGUUCGGAGCCGUACGAGCUGGUGGUGAGGGCGCAGGACAGCGGAAGCCAGCUGCCGAAGCAAAGCUCACUGUACAAUGACGUCUCCUUUACGCUGUACAUCGGUGAUAUCAGUGCGAACGACGGCAUUCCCUUCUUUAUUGCGCCACAAGUCGGUCAAACAGCUAACGUUUCUGAGAACGCUACGAUCGGAGCGCCUGUGUUCCAAGUGAUCGCAAGCGAUCCGGACAGUCCAGCAACUCCAAGUGGAACCCUGCGUUACCGCAUCCAGGCGGACAUCGAGGAUGCCAAGUCGUUCAGCAUCAACUCCAAGACGGGACUCAUCACGACGACGCGCACGCUCGAUCGUGAGACGAAGGCUGCCUAUAACGUCAUCGUUGAAGUUAGCGACAUGGGCGAGCCGCCACAGGCCGCAACCGUAGUACUCCGCAUCAACGUCCUGGACAUUGACGACCAUGCGCCACGCUUCGAACGUGAGGCGGAGGCGCAACCGCUGGAGUUGUCGGUGCUAGAGGAACAGCCGGCCGGUACGGUGGUGGGCACCAUCGCGGCAGUGGACGAGGACACCGGUGCGAACGGUGCAAUCGACUACGUGAUCGUUGAAGGCAACGAACUGGGACUGUUUGCGUUGACACGCACGGAAGACAACCGGGCGAUCCUUAGUACCACCAAGCCACUCGACCGCGAAUCGUUGGAGUUGGUCCGGUUGACGGUGCGAUGUUUUAAGCUUGGAUCCACCGACCAGCUCACUGGCAUCGAAGCGUACAACCGAUUCGACCGGUCUCAGCGGCAGCUUGUGGCGCGAGUGGUCGAUAUUGACGAUCACGCGCCACGUUUCGAGCGCGAAAAUCAAACGAUCGGCAUCCGACACAACGUGCCCAUCGACACUCCGAUCGCAAGCAGUCGCGCACUGGAUGAGGACCCCGAUGCUCGCCCGAUCCGGUACUCGAUCGAGAGCAUCAACUUUGUGCCACAGUUCUACCGUCGGGAUAACCAUACCGAGGACUACACCAGCGUGUUUCGACUCAAUGUCGACACUGGUGAGAUCAGGACGGCCCGAGCCAUGUCCAACUUCGUCGAUGGGUUCUUCCAGCUCGCCGUCCGAGCGACAAACUCAGACCGUCCGGCAGGUAUCAGCGAGACGCAGAUGAAGAUCUUCGUGAUCCGGGACAAGUCAUUGCUGCGGUUUGUGUUUGCGAAGCCCCCGACCGAGAUCAGCGCCGUGUUGGACCGGUUCGCUGCCGAAAUGCAGCACCGGCUGGCGGAUGCGAACUUGGAACUGUCGGUGUUCGACGCGCAGGUCCUCAGCCAUGCGGACCACAGUCUGGACUUUAGCUCGACCGGAUCUUGCUUCCAGCUGACGCGCCAUGGGUCAGCACUAGCUCCGACGGAAAUGAUGCGGCUCAUGGACAGUGCCGAGCUGAAGGAUGCACUGGCCGAGGUCUACCAGCAGUAUUCGGUGCAACGGAUCGACUCGUGCGCCGUUGGAAAGAAGGUACCUUCCGGGGCAUUAAUCGCUUCUUCCGGCACGUGGCUCGUCAUACUGGCCGGGCUGAUCGGGUUCGCUGCAUUCGCGUCCACCAUGACCGCGUGCUGUUUGGCGAAAAGAUACAAAAGUCAAGUGCGAUCAACGAUCAACUCGCAGCGAAUCGUUGGAUCCGACAUUUACGGUAGUGCCACCCCAGUCCUCUACACGGAACCGAUCUACGGCGCGCUGUGA